UUGCGUUUGCAUGCUGUCAAGAUCAAAAGUCGAAAAGGUCAGCUGCGAAGGCAUUUCCGGGGUUGAAAACUUUUCCACGAAAUGCGGGAUAAACAGGAUUUAACCUGUUGAAUCUGUAACAGCAAGGACUCUACAUGUACCCCCAGGCUAGGAUCUAGGAGAAAAUUCAGCUGGAACAGCGCAGCGCCGAGGUACGUACUUGUCUCUCAAAAGCUGUGGGACCAUGGGGAUGUGUUUGAGUGGUGACAACAAUUCAGAACCUCCUCCCCCAGAGGAAGAUACAGGAUUCAAAAGCAGUUAUGUAAAAGCAAGAGUAAAAGAGCGAUCAGAGGCAAGGGAAAGGGAGGUCUUACUUCGUCAACAACAACAGCAACAGCAACAACAGAUGCAUGGUCAAACCUCGAACCAGGGGAGUUACCAAAGUGGCGGCAGCAUCACCAGACUGCAGGCGCAGACAGGAGGUCUGGCCAGUGACAUGGCACGAGCUCGGGAGGGUCUUGAUGAGAGAGGGCAGAGACUGCGGCAAGUGGAGGAUGUGACUGUCAGGAUGGGAGAAGAAUCCAGGAACCUCGGAAAAACCACCAGCAAACUCAAGUCCAAGUACAACUAAUAAUGAUGAUGGAGGAGACCACUGUUUUUACUUCAAGUGCCUUCAAGAGACACAAUUAAACACUGACAAGCUAUCGUGAAAUAAUUUUUGUCACUCUCAACAGCAAUGUUAAGGGUAACUGUGAAAAAUGAUUUUGUUCAUACUUGAACAUUAUGAUAUUUUAGUUUUACAACAGUGCCAUAGUGCUUUGUACAAAAUACAAGACUUUGCUAAUAUAACAGUGCCUUUUUACCAGAUCAUUUUAUUGUUAACAGUAUUAAUAAGAUCACUAGACUAAUUGUAAUGUGGAAUUUUGGCACAUGUACUUGCUGCUUACCUUUUAUGCUUUUUUAACGCUCAGUUGCUUUUCUUGAUAGCUACAGCAUUAAAUGCCUACUAACAGCCAUGCAUUUUUAUAUAUUUUACUUGAUUUUUAUUUGAUCAAUCAUUAUGAAACUAAACUGGGUGUCCAUCAAAAUUGACAGUUAAGAGAGUAACAUAGAUGCACAUUGGUCACAUUUUUUGCAUUUUUACAUGUUUUUUUUUGUUUCUAUAUUUGGAAUGUAGUCAAGUUGACAAUGUUUAUUGUGGCUGAUUCCUCCAAGCAAAGAUUUUAGUCUUGGGGAUAGAAGUGGCCAUGGUUCUUCAUGUCUACCUUUGUAAACAUGAUUUUGGGGAAAGCUUUAAAUUAUUUUGUCAUACGAUGCCAAGGAUGAAUGAAUUUUGUUAUUUAGUAUUACAUUAUUUGGUUCCUAUCUUAAACAUUAUUGGAAGAUCUGUCCCCUCCCCAUUGAUAUGAAUGAAAUAACCCAUGUGAAGUUCUAUGAAAUCCCCCAUUUAGCCUUACAGAAAAAAAAUGAACUCAAAUGUUGAAAUGUACACAUUGUAUUUCUCAGUUCAGACCAAUUUUUUUCUAAAAGUUGAGACAAUUUUUGUUAACUGCUUAUCAACUAGAGUAUGCUAAUUUUCAUAUCAGCAUAUCAAGGUAUUUAACCCAACCUGGUAGGCUACUUCUCUUGGUAUUGAAAAUAUGUAUUUGUAACUGUGUGAGGAAGGUUACUACAUUGUUUAUCCUUUUUUUCAAUUUCAUCAAUGGACGGCUGUAUGUCUUGUUCCAGGUCUGUCCAAAGCAAUAUAAUUAUAAGUUAAAGUUUUAAAUCUGGCUACCCAAGGAAAUUCAGAUGUGUUUUACUUUCUCAUAAACAUGACAACCACUCUGUUAUUUGUAGUAUUUGAAUCCUGUGGUUAUACCAUAUAUGUAGUUAAGGCUAUGUUAUUUUAGAAUUACAUUGAAUUUUGAUAGUAUUAACGUUAUGCGUGUUAACAUUGUAGUUAUAAACUCAAUGACAAUACCAUUGUUGCCAUAUAUGAUCAAACUUGUUAAAGUUCAUAGGGGCCUAUUUCGAAUGUGUUCUUUUUAUCAUGGAAAUACACAUUCACUGUAUCUCUAAGGCUCCUGAAUCAAGUU